AUGUCUGGGGCAGUCACAAAAUCUCCGCAUGACUUCGACCCGCUAGACGAGGCUCUCAGGCCACCAAUAAACGAAACUGAAGAGGAUCGUGUUAUCAGACAAGCUCAGGAAGCCGAGGCACGCAGAGUGAGCCAAGCAAUAGACGAUUCAAUACGAGCAGAGAAACAGGCGCAGAAGAAGAAGGGUAUCGUUAGACUCUUAUUGUUGGGUCAGAGUGAAUCAGGUAAAUCGACAACAUUAAGACACUUCCAAAAACUGUACACUCCCACUGCCUUCCAUGAAGAGCGAAUACUCUGGCGCAGCGUCAUACAACUCAAUAUCGUGCGGUCUGUUCGUACAAUCCUCGACGCCUUGUCAGACAUCCGACUUCCUACCCUUGAUAGUGGAGGCGAAGACAGCGAUGACGGUGGAGCCAACAUACCCCAAGAGCUCGAAAUGUUACAGAUGCGCCUCACUCCACUGCGUCAUAUUGAGGCACUACUCAUUGCGAAGCUAAUACCUCCGAGCGAAGAUGAGGCAGCUUCUGUGAUUGGAAGCAGUGCUAUCAGCGCAUACCACUCUCACCGCAGCCGAAGUAGUGAACGUUCAUGGAGAGCUCAAGAAGUUUUCGUACGCCCUGGAGCCACAUGGAAGGGAGCGCUAGCGAAAAGUUCUCGUACUCGACCGGUUUCAUUAGGCACUACCGGCAUGCAAACCCGGGACGAGGCACAAGAAGUUAUCCAUUCAUGCAGUUAUGACAUUAUGGCUCUCUGGAAUGACAGGCUUGUUCGGGAGGUUUUGCGGCGGAGAAAAAUUCGUCUCGAAGAAUCCUCAGGCUUCUUCCUCAACGACUUGGAUCGAGUCACGGCCCUAAAUUACACCCCAAAUGAUGACGAUGUACUUCGAGCACGCCUGAAGACAGUAGGCGUUUCGGAAUAUCGGUGUGAAAUGGAGGCCGUGGCUGGACGUGAAAGUGGUACUGAAUGGAGGAUAGUUGACGUUGGAGGUUCCCGGUCGCAAGUACACGCUGAAUCCCACCUUCUAGCGACAUGGGUACCCUUCUUUGAUGAUGUCGAUGCAAUUAUCUUCCUCGCGCCAAUAUCCAGCUUCGAUCAAGUUCUCGCUGAGGAUCGCAGCGUGAACCGCCUUGAGGACAGCGUGCUAUUGUGGAAAGCUGUCUGCUCGAACAGACUGCUUGCAAAUGUGGAUCUUGUUCUAUUCUUGAACAAGUGCGACAUACUUGAUGCGAAACUCACAUCAGGUAUAAGGUUAUCAAAAUACGUUCGCAGCUACGGAGACCGUCCUAACGAUAUGGAGACGGCCUCAAAAUACUUCCGAAGCAAGUUUAGCGCAAUACAUCGGGAAUAUUCACCGCUCCCACGGAAAUUUUAUGGUUUUUGCACGACUGUUACAGACACGACUACGACUGCUGGUAUUCUUGCCAGUGUGCGGGAUAUGGUCGUACGCAGACACCUCAAGCAAUCUAGGCUGCUAUAG